GGGUGGGGGCUCUGGGUGGCGGUAAUGCACCUUAACGCUGGUUGCCACCCGACAAAAAAGAGCAGAAGAAGAAAAAGAAGCGGAAGAAGAAGCGGAAGGAGAAGCGGAAGGAAAGCAACAGCAACAAUAACAACGACAACGACAACGACACUAGCAUGGCUACAGAGAGUGAUCCCGAGUCAGAGGUGUUCGAGAUCACCGACUUCACCACGGCGUCAGAGUGGGAACGGUUUGUGUCCAAAGUGGAGGAAGUGCUAAAUGACUGGAAGCUGAUAGGGAACUCGGCAGGAAACCUGUCCCCAGAGAAGGGUGAAUACACCAGAGGCACCUGGGGGGAGAAGUCUCUGGAUAUAAGUUUUGCUGACUUUAAGUUCUUCAUAACACACUUCUUCCUGAAACGAGAACAUGAGAAGGAUGAUGUGAAGCUUGAAGAAGAUACCUUCCCCUUGGCAAUGCAGGACCUUCUGUGUAUGAACAAUGAUUUCCCACCUCGAGCCCACUGCCUGGUUAGAUGGUAUGGUAUGCAAGAAUUUGUGGUCAUCACCCCUGGAACCAACUGUGAGGCCAUCAUCAGUGAGUCAAAAUGCAAUCUGCUCCUCAGCUCCAUCUCCAUUUCCUUGGCCAACAGUGGUUGCCAGGUGCCCAUGUUCGUCCAGAUCCAGCAGAAGUGGAGACGGAUGUAUGCUGGAGAGUGCCAGGGGCCAGGUGUGCGGACAGACUUUGAGAUGGUCCACCUCAAGAAGGUGCCAAGUCAGUACAACCACCUGUCUGGCCUGCUUGACAUCUUCAAGUCUAAGAUGGGUUGCAACCUGUCCCCUCUACCUCCAGUCAACAUUGCAAUCCGCUUUACCUACAUUCUCCAGGACUGGCAGCAGUAUUCAUGGCCACAGCAACCUCCAGACUUUGACACACUUCUUGGAGGUGAAGUGGGAGGAGUGGAGUUUGGUAAACUUCCUUUUGGAGCCUGUGAGGAGCCAAUCAGUGAACUUCAUCUUGCAACCACUUGGCCUCACCUGACAGAAGGCAUAGUUGUGGAUAAUGAAGUCUACAGUGACCUUGACCCUCUCCAAGCUCCUCACUGGUCGGUCCGAGUCAGGACAGCAGAAAAUCUUCAUUGUUUACUGGGUGACUUACUCACAGACUUCUUGAAGCUCUGCAGGAGGAAGGAGUCCACAGAAGAGAUUCUUGGAAAAUUGAUUGAAGAUGAGGGCAAAGAAAAUAGUGACAUCAGCUCUGCUUUAUCCAAGCUGACGGAGCCAGCAGCUACAGUACCGAUCUCUAAACUAUCCGUCUCCAAUAUGGUGCACAGUGCCCGAAAGCACAUCCGACGCCGCAGGCGCAAUGACGAGUCACCACUCAACACUGAUAUACUCAAUUCUGUCCUUAUGUAUCUCUUUCCAGACGCUGCUGUGGAGAGGUCAUCGGAGAACCGCAAGAAUAAAGCUGCAAAGGCAACCUGCUCUGAGAAAUCCGAACAAGAUAAAAACUCUGACUAUAACCUUUACCUCCAGCUAAAGUCAGCACCCAGUGACAGUCUGACCUACCGGUUGGCACUGUGUGUGUGUUUGGCAAACUACAAUCAUGGUGGGCUGCGGGCUGUUGCCCACCUCUGGCAGGAGUUUGUCCUUGAGUUGCGCUACCGCUGGGAAAACAACUACCUAAUUUAUGGACUGACUGGUGGACCUCCUGAUCUUCGCUGUUGUCUUUUGCAUCAGAAGCUCCAGAUGCUCAACUGCUGUAUUGAGAGGAAGAGAGCCAGAGAUGAAGCUCGGAAGGUGCUGGAGGGAAACCGAGAGAGAGAGCGCAGGGUGUCUGGUGGCUGCCAGAACAGCUCUCCCCUACCAGAGUCUCCAAUGGUAACAACAACUGCCUCCACCUUAACAAGGGAAGUGUCACCGGGAAAAUCCUGGGACUCUUGGAGCGACAGUGAGGAUGAAUUCUUUGAGUGCCUAAGUGACCAGGGGGAAGUGGAAGCUCCACAUACUGAGGGAGAAAAGGAUGGAAGUAAAAGUAAAGCAGAGGGCAGACUGCACCCUUUUAACAACAUGACUCUACUCAACUCUACAGAUCUUCUCUAUGUUCCUGUCACACAGGAACCUGCUCCCAUGACAGAGGAUCUCUUAGAGGAGCAUUCAGAGGUACUGGCCAAACUGGGCACAUCAGCUGAAGGUACUCAUCUCCGUGCCCGGAUGCAGAGUGCCUGUCUUCUCUCUGACAUGGAGUCCUUUAAGUCAGCCAACCCAGGCUGUGUUCUGGAGGACUUUGUGCGCUGGUAUUCACCCAGGGAUUACAUUGAGGAGGAGGUAGUCGAUGAGAAUGGUGACACAGUGGUCAAAGGCAAUCUAAGUCCCAGGAUGAAGAUCCCAGGCAACAUGUGGGUAGAGGCUUGGGAGACAGCCAGGGCUAUACCUGCACGCCGCCAGAGAAGACUUUUUGAUGACACUAAGGAGGCCGAGAAGGUUCUGCAUUAUUUGGCUGUGCAGAAACCUGCGGACCUGACCCUCCAUCUCCUACCAUGUAUACUGCAUUCUGCUAUUCUGAAGUUAAAGGAGGAAGAGUCAAUAGAAGACAUUCCAUCAGUCAAAAAAAGCAUUCAACAAGCUACAUCUCAAGCCAGCAAGCUGCUACAGCCCCACAACUAUGACUACAAGAAGUUAGAGGAUUUCAUCAACCAGUUGAUGACCAUGGAAAUGGUCAUCACCCAAGCUCGCUCACUCAAAGCCAAGUUUGCCGUCAGUGAGGAUGAGAAGGGAGGGGACACUGAUGAACUAGAGAAGUUUGUGAGCUCCCUGUUGGAUGAACCAGAGGUUGUAGUCGUCGGAGCUGGACAGGGAUCAGCUGGUAGCAUAAUACACAGGCUUUUUGUCAGCGCUCAGAGGCUGACUGACUUCACCAGUGAUGAGGCUGCUCUGCUGUCACCACUGGAUGAAGACUUGGGGAACGACAAGAAGCCAACUGGAGGCAGCAACAAAGUGCCUGACUUCCCUUCUCCAGCAGGCCGGGAGAUUCUGUUGCGUUCAUGUGUCCCUCGGCCAGCACCAUACUCCAAAGCUCUGCCUCAGCGGCUCUUCUGUGUGUUGAUGAGGGAGGAGUUCAGGCUGGCAGGGGCCUUCUCUUCAGACACUUCCUUCUUCUAAGAUUAAAUAUUGUUUGCAUCUCAAACUAUAUGCCCUUUGGUGAUUAUAAUUUGCACCGAACAACCAGAACUAGAAGAUCUGUUAAUGACAAAGGGUUGCAUGUUAAAAAUUUUCAGUUAGUUGUUUAGAGGAAUUUCUCUCUUCUCCUGAGAAACUGAAAAGAUGAGUGUUCUCAUGCACCAUGCGAGGUCAUCUUAUCUGUGGCAGGCCGAGAGAGUUGAUGGGUAGCUGAAGGCUGUCUCGGGGUGUCACAGUCGCAGAAUUUAGGCUACACCUUGCAAAACACAUAGCAGUAAAUAUAGAACACACUCAGACAGAGACAGAUGGAGAAAGCUAUUCUGUUUGUGAGAUGACGACAUUACUCCGACAGAGCUUAAUACACCUACAGAGACCGGGGGUUAUGCAGAUUUUUGGGACACCACACAAUGACCACUUGUUGAACUGUGUAACGAACCAGAAAUCUCCUCGAUAUAUAUUGAGCUCUUAUAACAUCCACGGUCUCUGUCUUCCUGAUUCAACUGCAUCAAUUUUUCCAUCACAAGUUAGUCCUCUGUUUUGAUUCAUGAGUAAACAAUUGCAUAUAUCAAGUGUUUUUUUAAGGAGAGGGCUUAACAGGAAGUCUCACCAUGCAUCAGUAAUACUUCUUUUCAUCGUCAACCCCAGUGAGAACAGUUUACAUGCAGAUUUUCCAAAACAUCUUAUCAUGUCCACUUUGACCUGUAUCCACAUUCUUUUAGCGGUUGUGAGCGCAAAUAUUUCGUUGGCCACACUGAAAUACCGUCUACUCAUCUGAUGUCCUCUGACCCGGUAAAGUUUAAUAAUGAACUGAAAGUUUUUUUUUACACUUCUCAGAUUUGUGGCCACUACUACAAUAUUAACACCGACUGCCACGUCAUUUUUUUUUUGUUGUUUUUGUUUAAAGCUCCAAUAUUAUACCCCUUUCCUGAUGUUUAACAUGAAGUUUUGAUAUAUUAAAGAUAUAUAUUCAAGGUUUUAAGUACCAAAAACCAUCCCAAUAUGGUUUUAUAGCUCUUUUCUCAGGAGCUCUGCUCAGGUCGAUUUUGGCCUGUCUAAUUAAUAUACAUGAGCCUCACUUCUGAUUGGCUUUUUUCUGAGUGAGGCCAGGCCAACCACCUCCUCAAACACUCGGAAGUCUCGGUGUGUCUGUUCAUCGUGCUGUUGGCCCUGGAGAAACUAUCUCCCUGCUCCCCGACUAUGCAAAAUUCAUCAGUAACCGGUGUCGGCGGAAGAUGGCAGAGCGAUCUGCUGAGCGACUGGAUGCUGUACAAAGCUGACGUGACUUGGAGCUGAUGCUGGGACAGAGACGACGGCUGUACAGUUCCGAUGACGGAACUGGCGGACCUCCACUGGGACACGCCGCAACGUCUGCCCCAGCAACAGCUCCACGUCGCGGGCCGCGACCGAUGAAUUUUGCAAAGGUAAAAAUAAUUCAGGGUUGGUUCUGGUCCCUUGUAUUAAUAUCCUUAAGAAGCCUGUGCAAUUAUGCCGUUUCCUGACAUCCAUCGACUGAACAGCUUUCCUACGGAAGUCCUGACGCCUUGUAAAAAAAAGCAGCUGCUGAGUGCAGGCUGUGUAUUUGUCUGUUUAUUAACUGUUUUGACACUUACAAAGCCCAUAGACCUUAUUUAUUCUGAAAAAAGUUGAAAAAAUAUUACAUGGGAUAAUUCUCUCAUCCCCUCCUGACUCUUGUUAUACAACCAAAAUAAUAAAUAUGUUAUUGAAAUCAAACAAAAUCAAAGUGUCUCAAAAUAUCUACUGUUUUGACAUGUAAGCCACAUGGUUCUCUUUUUCUGGUGUCCUUGAUUUACAAUUUGUAAGAUAUUAUUGACAGCAUGCCAAGUAAUAAGAUAACAUGAGCUUGUUUUUAGGUGCACAACAAGGGUUUACUGAUCACACUCGAUGAUAUGCUUAUGGCAUUUCAGCACUAUUUUAUCAACUUUAGCAGUUGCUGAUUCCUGACACAAGGCAGCAUUUUGCAUAUGAAUACAUAUUUUUAAUUCACAAGUGCAAUCCCAAAUCAGUGUGUAUGUCCUGCUCGUUAAAUGAAAUGACAUAAAUAAUAUUUACUUGUUGCUGCAGAAGCCAGUGUGAUCGCUUAAAAAGUUUGCAUUCAUUUCACUCCAUCUCAAUUAAUAACUGUUGACAAUGUUGACCAAUGGUUUGUGUUAUGCUGAUGUAGGAAGUGAUGGGAUUUAUCAGUGUAUGUAGGCAAUGGGUACAUAAUAAAUGUUGUUCUCCUCUCUC